GGCCAGUGGUGGUCAGCGGCGCGCAUUCGUGCGUGCGUGCGUGCGUGCAUGCCUGGCGUGCGUGCAUGCUUGCGUGCAUGCGUGCGUGCUCCGUUCCGUUCUGUUCUCUUCUGUUCUGUUUCGAUUCCCUGGCAUUCGUGUGUCGCGAAGAAAACUCGCCUCUAUCUCUCUAUCCGCGAGACGUGGAUCCACGUUCCGUUUCGUUUCUCUUUUGCGCGGAAUUUUUUUUUUUCGAGGUGAGACUUUUCCUCGCGAGAAAGUUACGGGAAAAGAAAAACGCGGCCCGACGCCGCGUACGUGUCGGAGCUGUGUGUGAAUAAUGACUCGGCCGAGGCGCAAAGUCAUCGACUCGGGAAUACCGAGGUGGUGAGGAGAAGCGAGCGAGGCUCUCGUCUUUCUCUCUCAUUUAUUUUUUCUCCGUUUCUUCAUAUAAUAUCACGCCGUUUUCGGGAAAGGAAUUUUCCUACGCACACGUCCAAUCGAUCCCUCUGGAGAGGAUCAUGGAUCCGCGUUGCGGUGGGAUAUUAUGUUAAUCGUCUUUACGGUCACAGAAUGCGGGAGGAAGAGCUCGAGAUAUCACUCAAGGUGGUGAUAGUGGGUAACGGCGCUGUGGGGAAGUCGUCGAUGAUUCAAAGAUUCUGCAAAGGUACAUACACGAGGGACUAUAAGAAGACGAUCGGCGUAGACUUCCUGGAGCGUGAGAUCGAGGUCGAUGGCGAGGACGUAAGACUAAUGCUGUGGGAUACCGCAGGACAGGAGGAAUUUGACGCUAUCACGGCAGCUUACUAUCGCGGUGCUCAUGCCUGUGUCCUCGCUUACUCGAGCACCGACAGGGAUUCCUUCGAUGCUAUCCCCUCGUGGAAACUCAAAGUGGAAAAUGAAUGUGGAGAAAUUCCUACGGUCCUGGUGCAAAACAAGAUUGAUCUCGUGGAGCAAUGCGUGGUCGAUCCGGACGAAGCCGAGAGGCUCGGCCGUGCCUUAGGCUGCAAACUCCUACGAACGUCCGUAAAGGAGGAUAUCGGCGUGAUGAGCGUUUUCCGGCACUUGGCAUCGCGAUGUCUGCACGAGAUGCGUCGCUCCGACGACGACUAUCAGGACGACCUGAGAUUGUACUCCGCGGAACCUAGAUCGCCUUCCGUCAUUAGUGCGUUCAGUCCGGAUGGAUCAAUGUGCGGCCGUAAUGCCGGUAAUGGAACGAUAAUCCUCCGACCGGGUGGCAAAACGAAGAGUCAUAAGAAACGAAAUUUCGUCAAGAACGCUUGUAGACUCUUAUAGCCUUCUUCUCAUAGUACGUAUGCACGUAUGAUACAAUGUUACGUUACAUUGCGCUCGAUAUAUCGCACGGAGAUGUAUAUGUGGUAUGUGUGUGCCUUGUAAAUAUAUAUAGUUUAUUUUAAUAAGCGAAACAUGUGGAUGGGUGAUUUUACAGUGUCCAACAGUGCGAAAGCUCAUCAGAUUUUUAAAUGGUAAGAGGUACAACUGUAAAGGAUACAUAGUAGUAUGUAUAUCACCUGUGGGAAUUAUUUAAUUUAUAUACGAUAGAAAUAAUUAUACUCAAAUCUUGUAGAACCAAAUAAUAUAGAUUAU